AAGGUUCACCCGUGGCCUGCAAUGAAAACAAUAACAAAGAGAAAAUUUACUUCGAGGGAAAGUCUAAUCCUGACUGAUUUUCGUUGAAAUCGUACUGUUUAUCUUAGUGAGCCAUAGAAGUACAUGCAGCAAGGAGUAGAUUUUACUCCACUUCCAUUGGACGUGGAGAGUUCGUGUGAGGAAAGUUUUGGCGUGUUUUCUCCAUUCGAGGACGAUGAAUUCGAAGGCUCGCGGACGAGCUUUUGGGGAGAGUCGAAUGGAGGUGGAGGACGAAACGGCUGGGACAACGUUCAGACAUUGCCUUCUUCUCCGUUUGGCGGGCUCGGAGGCGAUUUUGAUAUGGAACUGGAAUUUUUUCGAAAUGAUGUAAACGAGGACUGCAAAGUUGCUGGGCCUACUUUAGCCGAACUAAACGAUCACCGCUCACUGUCUCCUUUGAUUAAUCCCGAAAUGGAGCGUCUUCAUCGCAUUGCCACUCGCAUGGAAGGCGAUUCUUCCCCUUGGGAUUGCACAACUCGGAAGCCACAGGGCUACAUCGCUUUAGAGCUCACGUCGGACAAGGAUGAAAGAAGGGUUGCUCAAGUUAAACAAGAACCUGUUCUAUUAUUUUAUGAACAUAAUGACAGAUUUGAAAAAUCUAAAGAAGCGGAGAAGAAACGUCCGAGCAAACCAACAUGGACUACGACCCAAGAGACAGCUUCUCCACAUUGCAAUAAUGAGGGUGAGAAAUCAGUGUCCGCGGACGAUCAAAACUCAUCACAGAAAGUUGUAUUGCUUGAUAAACAGUUGGGCAGUGAAGUAAAUAAUCAAAUGCCUAAGUUAGUUUCAGCGGAAAUGAAAGCUCAAUUAUAUUCAGAGGGAACGAAUCUGCGCGAGGAUGUGAGAAUUGUAGCCGAUCGGGACACGAUUGAAGCUGAUCCGGGCAGUCCUGCUGUAGAAUACGAUUCCGCGGAUGAAGACAUGGAUAGUGAUGAAGAUUUUGAUGUAGAGAACCACUCGCAUGGUACAGGAUUAGCCAGAAAUCGGAAAGGUCGUAGGGGAGACCAAGAUGACCUUUCUCCGAAUCCAAAAAAGUUGCUAGAAAUCAGCCGAGAGCUGGAUCGCUUAAACAAAGUUAUAGGUGACUUAAAGCCGAUACAUCAGUUGCCACAGAACGCUCGAAACAAGUCAAGAAAGGAGAAGAACAAGUUGGCAUCAAGGGCUUGCAGAUUGAAGAAGAAAGCUCAGCAUGAAGCAAAUAAAGUUAAGCUGCAGGGUCUGGAAAUGGAACAACAGCGCCUGACGGAUGUCAUUGACAAGGUGAAGAAAGAAAUCAUAGUAAAAGGCAAUUCCCCGCCUUUGGAUCCGAAGCCAAACUUGAGCGUACAGAUUGAAACUCUUAUCAAGGGCACAUUUGGGAACCAAGUAAUUGCUGGUCAUACUUCAGAUUUUGUGUAUUCAGUUCUGAAAGCCACAGCAAGGGAGAACCCAUCACUUGGAAAACUGGAGGACCUUUCCCUGUGUUUCUAAACUGAUCUGGGGAUCGGAAAUUAGAGAUGCAUGGAUACUUGAUCCAGGGGUGCAUGGUGAACUGUCUGUUGUUAAUUAGUAGUUAUAGUUGUGUUUUGUUAAGCUUGAAUGGUAUUUACAUUGAUGAGUUACUUCGUAACAGCUUAAAUCAAAUAUUAGGACUCAGUCGUGUUACCUUGAUCAGCAGCUUAUAAUAACACAUACAUGUACUUUCUCUUGUGAUUUGUGCACCAGGUUAAGAGUGCCUUCAUUAUCUUUAGAUGCUCUAAAAUCCAGAAAUGCCUUGAUUUGCAUCCUAUUCUGGUUUUUGCUGUGAAGAGAUAGUGUAAUGUUCGUACAGACACUUCUGCAUUCCACAUUGUCUGUAAUGUGUACUGCAUUGAUUGCUGUAUCGGCUUCGUGCUUCUUUUAUUCACUAGCUUUCCUUUUUGGCCAUUGUGUUAAUGGUGUCUUACUGAUGGCAGAGGACACCUUCUUGUGACAAUUUUCAUUCAAAGUCUUGAAAACUUAAUAAUCAGGAAUGGCUUUGAUACUGACAAAGUAGUAAGCUUUAUCAAGAAAGCGUUCUUUUCACUCUUUACGUGUAAAAUAUAAAACAAAGUGAUGAUUUUUUUGUGAACAAGCACCAGGCAUGCAACACAUGUUUGGUGUGAUGUUUAGAAUCUAUCCAUAUGGUCAAGGUAAACACUCUAGAAACUUAUUAAAAAGUUUCUGUUGUAUAAUCAAAGUAUGGGAAGUAUGCUUUGCAUUUGCGAGAAAAGUGCUUGUUUUUUUGGGUACAUACAAAUGAUUGAAAUAUGUUUUGGGAUUCAGAUAUUAGCUUACUGGUUUAUUUGCAUUAAUUUUUUAGUGCAGAGGAUAGAUCAUUGUUUUGAUUGGUGGAAAAUGCUUGUUGAGUGCUUUAUCAGCAAACUGUACAUGUACAUGUGAAAUGUGUUUUUUACAUGGUAUGGACUAUGACUGAAAUGCUGUUUAAAUUAUACAUGUACAGCUUUUGAAGGACUAAGUAAUUGUCCAAAGACAAUUUUAUAAAACAAUUAUGAUGACAGUAAAGUAAAUUAAAGUCUAGGAAAGCUGGAGUGCAUCCUUUACACAUCCUAACUUGAAAAAAACAGCUAAUUGAAGGGUGCAUGGAGUUAAGCUUCACUUGACUUUUGAUUCAACGAUGACCUCUCACUGACUUUCACAUAGAAACACACAACAAUUUGAAAGGAAAAUCAAGCAGUUUAACAGAUGUCACUGUGGGUCUUUUUUUCCAUGCACCCUUUCAACCAAUCUUCAACAAAACAAUGAUUUUAAAAUGUAUGUUCCGUCCCUGAGUGUUAUUGGGUAAUAUGUGUAACUCAUAGAUGUUCAGGUGUGCUGGAAUUGUUUAUCAAGUCCACUUGCCAAUUACUUACCAAAGAUAACAUUCUCAAAGAUAGUCCAUGUAGAUGUAGCUGUGCAUGUAUUGCUGAAAACGGUAUAAAAAUAGAAUCGGCUAUUUAAAAGCAGUUCAAAUUGACAACAGCAGUGUCCAUAAUCAUCAGUUGGCCAAUGUGAGGUACAAGAGUGAAACAAAAUUGUUUAAGUUAGUGUUCCAUGUAAUUUAAGAAGUGGGUAAUAAUUAGAACUGCUCCUCUUGGCUCUUACCGGUAAUUGCAUUGUAGGGUCACACAACGAUUCAUACUUCAACUCCUAAAGGAAACUUAAUGUAACCUUUGUACUUGAUACUUGUUUAAACAAACAGUCAGGUAUCUGGUACAAAAGAGGGUUCUUGAAAGGGUUCAAGACUCAAAUUAUUUCAAAGUAGCUUUUUCUACUGCAGGUAUUAUUAGUAUGGCCUCUGAAUAUCAACCACAAAAAAUUUUGGCGCCUGAUUUAUUGAUAUUUUAUCAUACACUUUCUGAAAUAAUAAGAUCCAUUGUAUUGCAUAAAUACAAGGGCUUUGCAGCUAUAGCAUAAUAUUUUAUAUCUGGUAUUUGGUAUUUAAUGUUCUUUUUUAAGUAGAGAUUCACUGCUCCUUAUAGGAGCUGAAAAGACACGAAAGUCUUAUGAUAUAAGGGACAGUAGUUGAUUAGGGAUUAUAUUUAUAACAUUGGUUGACAAGAAAGGUGCCCUUAUCUGAAUGUUUACUGUUCAUGAAACUGAAAGUUAAGUAGAGAAGGAAUUUGGGUUCACACAUUCUGGGUUUAGAAGUUUCAAAAAGUAAUUGAGGAAGUCGUUUGUUGGUUUCUUUCAUGACUAUACAUAGAAUUUAUCUCAGUUGAGAUGUGACUUCAUUGUAUUGAGGGAUAGACAUUUUAGGGCAUCUUAUCUCCCAUUGUAAAUAAAAUUGGAGUGGAGGAAAUGGAUCAAAACUUUGUUUGUUUAAGGAUUGUGGAGUUCUAUUUGCUAAACGAUUGCUUUGUUUGUGUUUACAACUACGGGUUUACAUUGGUAGUCCAAAGAUCUGCAGGCAGACUUGUGUCAUAAUUUCAAUUCUAAGAGUGCACUGGUGUGUUCUAUUCCAGAGUGAUAACAUUUGGAUUUAAUUCUCAAGUAUUGGUGUUGUUUUGCCAAUAAGGGCUAAGGAACUCUGAUAUUUCCUUUUGUAUUUGUAUUGUUCUUUUAUAAUGUUUAAAGCAUCUGGAAUUUAAAAAUCAAUUUAAUAUGUAGACUCCUGGGAAAUUCCUAAGUAUUCUAUUUGUAACAUAAGAGGAGCAGUUAUCUUUAUCAUAUUGUAACAUAGAUCUAUGUAUAUACAGUAGGCUAUUUUGUUAUCUGUAUAGUGUAAAUAAACAAUGAGGGUUGACGGAACAGCAUUUUAUAACUUGUAACAUAAACUUACUUGAAUCCUCAUCAAGGAUUCAGCAGAUUGUAUUUUCAUAUUAUUGCGUUUCUUGACAUCGGGGACUUAAUUUAUCCAGCAGAAGGGUGGACUUAAUAAGUUAUGUUGAAUUGUUUGAUUUCUCAAAGCAAUAAAGGUCAGUAGAUCAAAACUGUAA